UACGCUCUUAUUUUGAAAGCGGAGCUGCUAUGACGCUGCAGUGACUGCUUCCGUCGCCAUGUUUACACGUGGGUAAUGGAGCCGAGCACAACAGGACUGUAAAGAGAACUUUAUAACCAGAAUCACGGAAACGAAGAUGAGAGGAAAAGAGAAGCAGCUGGCGAAGAAGAAAAAGAUGUCGAGCAGCAGCAACGAUGAAGACUCUGACGUGGAGAAGAACUUUGUCCUGCUCUCUGAGCGAGGAGGAGGAGGGACUGAGGAGGAAGAGCAGCAUCCUGGAGGAGAGGAGGGGUCUGGAGACGAAGAGGAGGACCAGGAUGGAGGUGAAGAGGAGGACGGAGAUGACAGCAGGGAUGAGGAAGACUCUGAGGAGGAGGAAGGAGAUGAAGAGGAGGAGGAGGAGGAAGACCCUGAGGAUGUUGGUGGCAGCAGUGAGAUCCAGACUAAAGAAGACAUCAGAAAAGAACUGUCCAACAUGUCCUUUGAAGACAUCAUGAAGCUGCAGAACAAGGUGGGAACCAAAGUUUACAACCAGGUCGCUUACGGCGGCGACAGGAGACGACAAACCAGCAAGAAGAAACGACUGAACAAGAACCGGCCCGUGGAGAUGUCGGCGAAGAAACCGGCUCCGUUGCUGCGUCAGGUUGUCGCUGUCAGGAAACCGACUCUGAGGGAUCCUCGAUUUGACGACCUGUCUGGAGAAUACAAACCCGAGAUCUUUGAGAAGACCUACAAGUUCAUUGAUGACAUCAGACACGGAGAGAAAGAGGUCAUCAAGAAGCGGCUGAAGAAGAUGAAGAAGAACAACAGCAGGAAGGAGAAGCUGCAGUUCCUUCUCAAGAGAAUGGAGAACCAGGAGCGAGCGAGGAAGAGCCGAGAGCAGCAGAGAGAGAGAGAGCUGCAGUUCAAGAGGGAGCAGAGAGAGCGAGCCAAUCAGGGAGCUCGGCCCUUCUUCCUCAAGAAAUCUGAGAAGAAGAAGCUUCAGCUGGCUGAGAAAUACCAGGAGCUGAAGAAGAGCGGAAAACUGGAGAACUUCCUGAGCAAGAAGAGGAAGAGGAACGCCGGGAAGGACCGCAGGAAGCUGCCCAGACAGCUGCAGAACAAGAAGACCGUCUGAGACGUCCACAGGAAGUCAACAGGAGAAGAACCUGCUGAGAGACAGACAGAAGAAAAGUCCUCAUCCUUCAGUCUGUCAGAAACCAAACCUGGAAUGAAAUGAGUUGGCCUGAUGAAGCUGGUUCCACCUCAUUUAUUCCACUGUCAGACUUCUUCUAGGAUCUUCUACUGAUGAGUCUCUUUGGUGCUUUCAAGGAUUCAAGGACAGUAUCGUGGUGUUUGAGCUUCACGGUCCAGGUGGAGGAUCUCACCGGCUUCAAGGUCAGACUGUUGUCCAGGAGUCCUUCCAGACUUCACCACAUCCUCUAGAAGAUGUUUUAUUUUAAUCAUUAAACCCAGAAGACAAACAAGAACCAAACGGUGAAUGUGUUUGAGCUGCCAGAUGUUGGAGAGUCCAUGAACAGUCUAAAGGUGUCCACUGUGGACGGCUGGAUGGUCUGAAGGCUUAGAUCAGAGUUGACUUGAGUGGGGAGGAAUAAUUGUUGUUGUUUCUUAUAGACGAGCUGUCAACUGCCUGGACAAAGAAAAUCAUCUAAAAGCUGAUGAAGUUCUUGUGUAAAACAUUUUCUGAGCUCGCUGAGGUCAGAGUUGGACAGAAGUUGUGUUGCAGGAACGCCGUCGUCUCCUUUAAAGAUGUGUAAACUGUUCACUUCUGCUAAAUGCUGUUUUCUUUAAUAAAAGUUUAUUUGUUCCCCAGAAGCUCCA